AUGCCCGUGAUUGACAGCAAGCCUGACUUCACUAUUCAAUCGGCGACCUCACUUGAUGAGGCGAAGGACCUCUGGUGGAGUCGGAUGCAAGAUCUGGGAUGGAAUCGCGACGAAUUAGAUGCGGAAACCCACUUCACAGUCGCCCGAGGCGGCGAGGACUGGCUUCUACUCGUACCAACAGGCUCGACAAAGCCUUCAGGAAUGGUCAUCGGCUUCACAUACCCGAACAAGACUGGAUGGGUGGGCUUUUUUAUUGUGAACGAAGAGCACCGGGGAAAAGGAUGGGGUGCAGCUUUGUUCAAAGCAAUGCUCAAUUCGUACCAGAAGAACGGCGUCCAUACGGUCGGCUUAGACGCUGUAGAGGAGCAGGUCAAUACCUACGCAAGACGAGGUUUUGUUGAGGCUGCCAGGAUCAAGCUCAUGACACGCGUAUCGGCACAUGAGGCUCCCCUCAGCUCUGGCGACAAACAGCCAAAGCAGGGUUAUACAGUGACUGAUAUAAAGCAAGUUGAUAUGGGCGCCAUGGCGAAUCUUGACCGCGCCCAUACUGGACUCCAUCGCCCAGCGCUUUGGAGCAAAGCCGCUUUGUUCUCUCGCCCAGAUGCAUUUGGCUUUGCCAUACUCUCGGAAACUUCGGGCGAUUUGCAGGGACUCAUACUGGUCCGUCGAUGUGAGCACGGACAUAGAGUUGGUCCCUUGAUAGCGGAUUGCACGGACCAUGCAUCCCUUCUCCUUCAACUGGCCAUGUCACACCCGAAGAUAUCGGCGUCGACUGGAAGCCUCAUUGCAGAAGCAUUUGGGCCAAACGAGCACGCCACUCGCGUGUUUGAGGAUUUGGGCUGGCAGUGGGCCGGCUUAGAUUACCACAGAAUGUGGCUGGAAGGUCGUGUGCCAAGCGAACAGCAGGAGGGUGGACAGGGCUCGAGGGGAAUGUUCGCGGUUUUCGACGCCGGUCAGGGCUAG